CGCGGCCUCCAACACACAAACGCUCGUCGCAUUAAACCACCGAAGAUGGCGACAGACUCCGUCCAAGAUCCUCUCGUCCUCCUGCGACAAUCCAUAGCAUCUGACAAGCCCUGCAUACCAACAAAGACCGAAGAUGCCUCGUCUACAGAGGUCAGCCUGGCGACAGCAAACUUCCUACACUUCCCCUCCCCAGCUCAAUUGUCCAUCCCUCUCACCACGCCGACGCGAUUCAUAUCCUCCAACAAGCCCGUUGAUCUGCGGAGUAUCUACUUUGCGUGGCUGAAGAGAGAGACGGCCAUCCCUGAGUACAAUGCACAGGCGCUAGCACUAAACGCAGAGCUGGCUGCGGACGGGGGAGCUGGUGGAGAAGUGCAGAAUCUGGCGUUCGUGGAGAGGCUGGACUUGAUUACAUGGCUCGAGGGUGCUUCUGAGGAGAGUGAGUACAUUAAGCCUCUGGCAUCAGACACGACCACCGCUGCCGCCUCGGCGCAAGUUGCUUCUGGAGCUACGGGGGGCAUUGCGCCAGUCACGAGCGGUGCGGCUGGGAGGCAGGGCAAGACACUCGACCCGCGGCUGGCCGAGAUCUACAACGGGGAGAGGCGGAUGGGCGAUAGGAAUAGUGUGCUGAGGGGCAUUAAACCUACGGACUUCUCACAUGUGCGCAAGCUUGCGGCGCCAUUCAAUGCCCGCAAGGCUGCCCACGCAGCUGCGGCGAACAUCCAAAGCAACCCCACGCUUGCCCAUAACCCCAAGGCGCCAGCUCGGCGGCCCGAUCCUAUUAUUCUACUGUCCCCUUCAGCCUCGUCUCUCCUCCGCAUGUCGAACAUCAAAUCCUUCCUCGAGAGUGGCACUUACGUCCCUGCUGAAUCGUCCAGCUCGACAUCCAGCUCAUCGGCAUCAAUCCUGCACAUCUCUCGUCUCCUGCCUUCGGUCGACGCGUCGCGCCCUAUCCGCUUCAUCAUCGUCGACACGCCGGAGCAGUUCAAGCCGGAGUACUGGUCACGGGUGGUGGCCGUCUUCACCACUGGACAGGUCUGGCAGUUCAAGAGCUACAAGUGGCAGCAUCCCACAGAGCUUUUCCGACACACGCUGGGGGUCUACGUUGGCUGGCGGGGAGAUCAACUACCGGACACGGUGCGCGGCUGGGGCCGAGGCGUCCUGAGCACGCAAGUGGACAAGUGGAGCCCAGGGGCUGGGGCGGCGAGCCGAUGGCGCGACCGCGAGGUGGUGGAGGGAAUCUGGAAGGCAAUUGAGGAUAACAUGAGGAACAAGGGGUGGAGGAGGGAUUCGGGGCCUAUGAGCGUCUGAGGCGAGGGCGAGCGUGACCACGAAAAGCUAUGUGGGUGAGUGUGGCAGAGUAGUUAUGGCGUCUGGUGUCCCAGGACUGGCAAAGGGAGGUGGGCGGGUGUACUAUCAUGGGCAAACUGACAUAAAGGGAAAAAGAGAUCUCGAAUUUGAGAGAGAGAUGAUGUUUAGCAGCGUUCUUGCGAUCUGGGAUGAUUGCCGGAUACCCCUAAAAUUUGAUCAAUCAAGGCAUUUGAAGGUUGAAAAGGCCCGAAUUUUUCUCAAUUGGUGGUGUCACUGUUACUGCUGUUAGAUGGAGCUUGUGUCAGCUCCUAAGUAGAAUGAGUGAACUCACGUCCAGGAUUCGAUUCCUCACCCUGCUAUUCAGCGCCCAAGCAAGCAAAAGAAAGAAUCAAUCAAUCAAUCAAUCAAUCAAUCAAUC